AACAAAUCCGAAAGAAGCAUGGACGUCGUGUCUUUUUCGCUGAAAUCUUCAAAAUAGAUCGAUAAUAUUUUUCUGCAAAAACCCUAUUUAUAUGUGUGUGAAGUUCCUCCUUUAGUUCGCUAGAGAAUUAGAAAUAUUCGUUGUUAUUUUCCGUUUCAUUCCAUCGGAAAUAAGGAUUUAUUUAAUUCAGGUUAAUAUUUAGGAGAAUGUUCAUAAAAAAAUGAAGUGCCACUACGAAGUAUUGUGUGUACCGAAAGAAGCAUCAGCUUCUGAAAUAAAGAAGGCUUACAGGCGCCUUGCAUUGCAAUGGCAUCCCGACAAAAACUUAGAGAAUUUAGUAGAGGCGAAAGAACAGUUUCAGCUUGUGCAGAAUGCUUAUGAAGUGCUUUCUGACCCCCAGGAGAGAGCUUGGUAUGACAAUCACAGAGAGCAGCUUCUUCGUGGAGCUGGGAGCUCCUACAAUGAUGACAGUCUUGAUGUUUAUCCUUACUUUAGUCCGUCCUGUUACAAAGGUUUUGGUGAUGACCCACAAGGCUUCUAUGGAGUUUAUAAUGAGGUAUUCUCCAAACUGAUAACUGAAGAAACUGACUUCCUAGAUGACCCUGAGGAUGUUGCCAAAAUUCCUACAUUUGGCAACUCUACCUCUCCGUAUGAAGAAGUGAAUGAAUUUUAUGCUUAUUGGAUGGCGUUCUCAACUAACAAAAGUUAUGUAUGGCUGGACCAGUACGAGAUCUCACAAGGUGACAACAGGAGAGUCAUCAAGUUGAUGGAGAAAGAAAAUAAUAAAAUUAGGCAGAAAGCUCGGAAAGAGAGAAAUGAGGAGAUAAGGAGGCUUGUUAGCUUUGUCCGCAGGAAGGACAAGAGAGUCAUAGAGCAUACUAAACUGUUGCAGGAGAAAGCUGAAGAAAAUAAAAGGAAGGCAGAACAAGUAAGAAGAGAAAGGAUAAUACAGAGACAAAAAGAAAUAGAGGAAGCCAAGAAGAAAGAAGGUGAAAGCUCUUUCUUACAAAGUGAGGAUUAUCAAAAGAAAUUAAGUGAAAUUGAGUCACUUUUAGCUGAGGAAUUUGGUCUAUCUUCUGAUGACGACACUAUCAGUGAAGGGGGAAUGGAAAGCAGUAAUGAGGAAAGUUCUAAGACUGAGGAGGCCAGCGAGGCAUCUAAAGCUACUCCGAAACCUUCAAAAUCUAAAUCAGCAAUCAAAAAUCUAUAUUGUUCAGCUUGUAACAAAUUGUUUAAGAAUAUUAAAUCAUUUGAAAAUCAUGAAAACAGUAAGAAACACAAAGAAAAUGUAGCUAAAAUGACAUUAGAUGAUGAUAUUGAUAUAUCGGAGAAUGAUGAUGAUGAAGCUGAUGUGGACGCCCAUGAGGAAGUGUUAGUGAAUGAAGAUAAGGCUGAAGGUGACAAAAUGAAUGGCCAAACGAAGGAUGAAGGAGAACAUAUGGGCAACUCUACUUCAGAUAUUGAAGAUAAUGAGGAUAAUGAUUUUAGAGAGACUUUGAGUGACGAUUCUGAUAAAGUUCAGGCUUUACCCAAGAGUCAGAAAAAGAAGAAGAACAAAAAGAAGUUUGUUCCAAUGCCAGAAAGUGAAGGCAAUGACAGUCAUGAUGAGAUGAGUUUUAAUGAAAUAGAAGGACCAUCACGUAGCAGAAAGGCUAAAAAGUUUAAUAUGCUCAAGAGUCAGAUACAAGCUAAGAAAGAAGCUAACUUAAAGAAAGGUUCUCAAUCUCAGACUUCUACAGAGAAUUUAUAUGAAGUAUCUAGUACUACUCCCACAGAUGAUGCGCUCGGUGAAGCAGCUCUGCCAAAGGACAGGCCCGCAUUGCCCAAGACUCAGAGAAAUAUCAAACCAAAGAAGAUGGUAGAUAGAAAACCAGUGAGAACUAAAACAAGUGAAACAGAAGACUCGAGCACGGCGUUGAACCUCAGAUGUGCAGUCUGUGAAACAGACUUCCCAUCAAAGAAUAAACUGUUUGAGCACUUAAAAAAGACAGGGCACUCCAUACCUCUCCCUCAGACUAGCUGCACACCACCAACUAGGAAAGGUAAAAGAGCUAAUAGGUAAACAUGUGCAAUUUAGAUAGGAUGGAAGUAUUAACUAAUCAUUGAGAAUCAAUUGAUUUUCUUUAAAAAUCUCUACAAGUUGUAAAAGUGACUUUAUCAAUCUAUUUAUUAAAAUUAUGAUCACUGUCAUUAAAACUAUGCCUAAAUGAA